AUGAGUGAAGAGCAAAAAUCGCUUUGGGUCGGUUCUCUGCCAACCGAUGUCACAACCGAGGAGAUCCGGGAAAAGUUCUCAAAAUGCGGCAAGAUCGACGAGGUCUUCAUCGCCCCACGGAAGUCGAGCGAGCAGUACGUCUACGGCAGCCUGCCCGAAGGGAUCUACACGCCCAUCUCAGUGCUGACCCAGCUUCGAGUGCAGAGGGGCUACUGUGAGGCCAUGGGCAUGGCAUCACCAUUUGGGCUGAGGAACCUCACUCUUGGUGUCCGGAGCGACACUGUACGCCCUCCUGCUCGGAAAGAGGUAUGGUCAUUUGCUGGCACCCAGGCUCUGUACCCUCGAGUUCACAGUUGUGGGUACUUCUAA